UUCAACCCUUUGUGGGACCCAACAGAUUUUCAUAUUGGAUGACAGUAAAUUACCUCAUUUGUCUUCCAACUAUAAAAAUCCCCACCUCUUCAGUCUUCUGUCCCUCCCUCCCUUGCAUCUCUCUUUUGCCUCAUUUGCUAAUUCGCUCAUACAGGCAUUUCCACAAACACUUUUUUUCAAUAGAAACGUUUCAUUAUUACUAACAUGGCCAGACCACAACAACGAUAUCGAGGUGUCCGACAAAGGCAUUGGGGUUCUUGGGUGUCUGAAAUUCGCCAUCCUCUCUUGAAAACUAGAAUUUGGCUAGGAACAUUUGAAACUGCAGAAGACGCGGCUCGAGCCUACGAUGAAGCUGCAAGGCUUAUGUGCGGACCAAGGGCUAGAACCAACUUCCCUUACAAUCCGAAUGCACCUCAAUCAUCAUCAUCCAAGCUUCUCUCAGCAACUUUGACAGCUAAACUACACAAAUGCUACAUGGCUUCACUUCAAAUGACCAAACAACAAUCAGUGCAGGAGCCACAAAGUAAGACACCAACUCCACAGGUUAUCAUCAACAAUUACAUUGCGGGGACAGACAGUGGAACGGGAGUUCGACUGCUGGAAAAGAGACCAUUGCCAGUUCAAGAGACAGAAGCCCAUUUGGUUGUCAAGAAAGCUCAAGUUGAAAGCACCCAGCAGUUCAAACCUCUUGAAGAGGAUCACAUUGAACAAAUGAUUGAGGAACUGCUUCACUAUGGCUCCAUUGAACUAUGUAAUGUCUAGUCUAUAGGACGUCAAGCACCAUCCUUUCUUCUUUCUCUAUAUUUUUUCCUUUUUUUUCUCUUUUUCAUCGGUCAUUAAAAACGUUGGGCUGAAAAACACAGCCUUAACUCAUUAAGGCUGGCUGGCCUUUACAUUUCUUCCAUGCAAAUGGCUCUGAUUCUCUAAUUUAACCCAUUCUUCGCAACCUUGAAUCUUCCCACAUACUACUUCCCAAGUGUUGUAGACCCUCUCUUUAAGUCCUAGUGUCUACCAAGUGACCCCAUUUGAAAAUGUUUAAUGUACAGUAAGCUCUGUUAUGGUGUAUGUUAAUGUUACUAUGAUAUUAUCAUCUUCUCUGUCCCUUACUUUUCGAUCAUGGAUUCGGAGGAUGAACUGUAAGAAUUUCCAUUUUCUCUCUUCUGCUUUGCAAGGUUCCUGUAUUAUAAUAAAUUACUUUCAUUGCCAUAUUUUCACAAUUCAAAUGAACUAGCUAGCUGCCUAGA